AUGUAUCCUUAUACUUUUAUUCAAUUAACUGAUUCUAAUACUUUUUUUGGACAUGAGAUUGUUUUAUUUCAUGAUUUUUCUUUAGCUUCACUUAUAUUUAUUUUAACUGCUGUUUUAUUAAUAUUCAAAGCUUUAAAAAAAAAAAAAUUUGUAGUUUUGGCUUAUAAGAGGUCUAACAUGUUAGAGUUUUUAUGAACUUUUUUUCCUGUAUUUAUUUUAAUCUCUAUUGGAUUACCUUCACUUUAUCUAAUAUAUCUUCUUGAGAGAUCAUUUAAGAGAGAUUUAACAUUUAAGGUAGUCAGGCAUCAAUGAUAUUGAAGUUAUGAAAGGAGGGACUUUUGUGAUUUUGAUAUAUCUUCAUAUAUGAUUCCUUCAGAAGAUUUAGUAGAAAGGCAAUUUCGAUUAUUAGAAGUAGAUAAUACUAUAGUUUUACCCUAUUCUACCAAUAUUCGACUUAUAAUUACAUCUUACGAUGUUAUUCAUUCUUGAACUUUGCCUUCUUUAAAAAUGAAAGUUGAUGCAGUACCUGGUCGGUUGAAUACUAUAAAUAUUUUUUCUUUUCAACCUAGAUCUUUUUAUGGUCAGUGUAGUGAAAUUUGUGGAUUAUUACAUAGCUUUAUGCCUAUUCAUGUAGAAUUUGUAAAUUGAGAAACUUUUUUAAAUAAUGUUACGGAAGAAUCCUUUAAUUAA